AUGGGGAAGGAGCAGGAGCUGGUGCAGGCGGUGAAGGCGGAGGACGUGGGCACCGCGCAGCGCCUGCUGCAGAGGCCGCGGCCCGGCAAGGCCAAGCUGCUCGGCUCCACCAAGAAAAUCAACGUCAACUUCCAGGAUCCAGAUGGUUUCUCUGCCUUGCACCACGCGGCUCUGAACGGCAACACAGAACUCAUCACGUUGCUGCUGGAGGCGCAGGCUGCUGUGGACAUCAAGGACAAUAAAGGCAUGCGGCCCUUGCACUACGCGGCCUGGCAGGGCCGGAAGGAGCCCAUGAAGCUGGUGUUGAAGGCCGGCUCGGCGGUGAACAUCCCAUCCGACGAGGGCCACAUUCCCUUGCACCUGGCGGCCCAGCAUGGCCACUACGACGUGUCGGAGAUGCUGCUGCAGCAUCAGUCCAACCCCUGCAUGGUGGACAACUCUGGGAAGACGCCCCUUGACCUGGCUUGUGAGUUCGGCCGAGUUGGGGUGGUCCAGCUGCUUCUGAGCAGCAACAUGUGUGCGGCCCUGCUGGAGCCCCGGCCGGGGGAUGCCACUGACCCCAAUGGCACCAGCCCCCUGCACCUGGCAGCCAAGAACGGCCACAUUGACAUCAUCAGGCUCCUCCUCCAAGCCGGCAUCGACAUCAACCGCCAGACCAAGGCAGGCACGGCCCUGCACGAGGCCGCCCUCUGCGGGAAGACAGAAGUGGUUCGAUUGCUGUUGGACAGCGGAAUCAACGCCCACGUGAGGAACACCUACAGCCAGACGGCCCUGGACAUUGUACACCAGUUCACCACGUCCCAGGCCAGCAAGGAGAUCAAGCAGCUGCUGAGGGAGGCUUCGGCAGCCUUGCAGGUGCGGGCCACUAAGGAUUACUGCAACAAUUAUGACCUGACCAGCCUCAACGUGAAGGCAGGGGACAUCAUCACGGUCCUGGAGCAGCAUGCGGAUGGCCGGUGGAAGGGCUGUAUCCAUGACAACCGGACAGGCCAUGACCGUGUGGGCUACUUCCCAUCCUCCCUGGGCGAGGCCAUCGUCAAGCGAGCAGGGUCCCGGGCAGGUGGUGAACCAAGCCCACCCCAGGGAGGCGCCUCAUCGGGUCCUGCUGCACCCCCAGAGGAGAUCUGGGUGCUACGGAAGCCUCUCACAGGUGGGGACCGCAGCGGCAGUGUGAGCAGUGCGGCCGGGAGCCGGGGCAGCGGUGGCCACGCCCUGCACGCGGGCUCAGAGGGGGUCAAGCUCCUGGCCACGGUGCUUUCCCAGAAGCCAGUCUCUGAAUCCAGUCCGGGAGACAGUCCCGCCAAGCUCGCCGAGGGCUCUGCAGGUGCAGCCCGACCCCAGCCCCCAGUGGCUCACACAGGGCCAGUAUACGCGGAGCAGCCGCCCAAGAAGCUAGAACCUGCAUCAGAAGGCAAGAGCGCAGAGGCAGUCAGCCAGUGGCUCGCCACAUUCCAGCUGCAGCUCUACGCCCCCAAUUUCACGGGAGCAGGUUAUGACCUGCCCACCAUCAGCCGCAUGACCCCCGAGGACCUCACGGCCAUCGGCGUCACCAAGCCAGGCCACCGCAAGAAGAUCACGGCAGAGAUCAGUGGGCUGAGCCUUCCCGACUGGCUCCCGGAGCACAAGCCCGCUAACCUGGCCGUGUGGCUGUCCAUGAUUGGCCUGGCCCAGUACCACAAGGUCCUGGUGGACAACGGCUACGAAAACAUUGACUUCAUCACCGACAUUACCUGGGAGGACCUGCAGGAGAUUGGGAUCACGAAGCUGGGACACCAGAAGAAACUGAUGCUGGCAGUGAGGAGGCUCGCAGAGCUGCAGAAGGCUGAGUACGCCAAAUACGAGGGGGGCCCCUUGCGCCGGAAGGCGCCUCAGUCGCUUGACGUGAUGGCCAUGGAGUCGCCGCCACCAGCUGAGCCUGCACCGGCCGAUGUCCAGUCUCCCAAGAUGACCACCUUCCAGGACAGUGAGCUCAGCGGCGAGCUGCAGGCAGCCAUGACUGGCCCAGCCGAGGCAGGGGCCGCUGCUCCUGCCAAGCCUUCCAGCCACCUGCCACUCACCCCCAGGGCCAGCGUGCGCCCGGAGCCUGGCCUGGGGGGACGGGCCCGGCACAUGAGCAGCUCUCAGGAGCUGCUGGGUGAUGUGCCCCCGGGCCCCCGCAGUCCAAUGUCGCGCAGCCAGGAGUACCUGCUGGAUGAGGGCCCAGGCCCCAGCCCCCCGCCCAAGGAAGCCCGGUCAGGCCGCCAUGGCCAGAGCGUCAAGAGGGCCAGUGUGCCCCCAGUGCCUGGGAAGCCACGGCAGGUCCUCCCAGCAGGCACCAGCCCCUUCACGCCCCCACAGACACCCAGCAAAGCCCGGCCAGGCUCCCCCCAGGCUCUCGGGGGACCCCAUAGUCCAUCCCCAGCCACGGCCAAGGUGAAACCCACCCCACAGCUGCUGCCACCCACAGAGCGCCCCAUGUCACCCCGCUCGCUGCCUCAGUCCCCCACACACCGUGGCUUUGCCUAUGUGCUGCCCCAACCUGUGGAAGGCGAGGCGGGGGCGAUGGCUCCUGGGCCCGUGCCCCCACCCGUGCCAGCCACAGUGCCCACACUAUGCCUGCCCCCUGAGGCUGACGCAGAGCCAGGGCGCCCCAAGAAGCGUGCCCACAGCCUGAACCGCUAUGCGACAUCCGACGGCGAGCCAGAGCGGGACGAGCUUCUCGUGCCGGCUGCGGCGGGGCCGUAUGCCACGGUGCAGCGGCGUGUGGGCCGCAGCCACUCGGUGAGGGCGCCCACCGGCGCCGACAAGAACGUCAAUCGCAGCCAGUCAUUUGCCGUGCGGCCUCGCAAGAAAGGUCCCCCCCCACCUCCCCCCAAGCGUUCCAGCUCGGCCCUGGCUAGCGCCAACCUGGCUGACGAGCCAGAGCCAACCCUGGAGGUUGAGCCCAAGGACGGCCGGCUGGGGGUCCGGGCACAACGACGGCGGGCCAGCGAUCUGGCCAGCAGCGUGGACACUGGCAGCGCAGGCAGUGUGAAGAGCAUUGCGGCCAUGCUCGAGCUCUCCUCCAUCGGAGGGGGCGGCCGGGCUGCCCGCCGACCACCCGAGGGCCACCACACCCCUCGCCCAGCCAGUCCUGAGCCAGGCCAGGUGGCUACAGUGCUGGCCUUGGUGAAGCACAAAGAUGCCAUCGGGCCUGACGGUGAGGUGGUAAACCGGCGCCGCACACUCAGCGGGCCGGUCACGGGACUGCUGGCUGCCCGCCGCGGGCCUGCGGAGCCUAUAGCUCAAGGCCACCCUGUGGAGGAUGGAGCUGCUCGGCAGCGGCCCCAAGGGCCGACCAAGGCUGAGCCGAGUGCCGAGGGUCCGCCCCUGGCCAGGGUGGAGGCCAGCGCCACGCUCAAGAGGCGCAUCCGAGCUAAACAGAGCCAGCAGGAGAAUGUCAAGUUCAUCCUGACCGAGUCUGACACAGUCAAGCGCCGGCCCAAGGCUAAGGAGCGGGAGACUGCGCCUGAGCCGCCCCCGCCCCCGCUGUCGGUGUACCAGAACGGAGUGGGCACCGCGCGGCGCAGGCCGGCCUCGGAGCAAGCAGGGGCCCCAGAGCUGCCCCCGCCACCCCCACCUGCUGAACCGCCACCCACAGACUUGGCGCAGCUUCCCCCUCUGCCCCCUCCGGACGGUGACGCUCGGAAGCUGGCCAAGCCGCCUGUCUCGCCCAAGCCCGUCCUGGCGCAGCCCGUACCCAAGAUUCAGGGCUCACCCACACCCGCCUCUAAGAAGGUGCCGCUGCCAGGCCCUGGCAGCCCAGAGGUGAAGCGCGCCCACGGCACGCCGCCGCCGGUGUCGCCCAAGCCGCCGCCGCCACCCACGGCGCCCAAGCCGGCCAAAGCUGCGGCGGGACUGCCGUCAAGCAGCGGAAGCCCGUCGCCCGCGCCCUCGCCGGCGCGCCAGCCGCCCGGCGCCCUCGCCAAGCCGCCCGGCACGCCGCCCUCGCUGGGCGCAGGGCCCCCGUCCCCCGGCGCGCCCGCGCUGCACGUGCCCGCCAAGCCCCCGCGCGCCGCCGCCGCAGCCGUGGUCGUGGCGGGGACGCCUGACGGGGUCGCGCCCGCGGACAGCGCUCGGCAGAAGCUGGAGGAGACGAGCGCGUGCCUGGCCGCGGCGCUGCAGGCGGUGGAGGAGAAGAUCCGGCAGGAGGACGGGCAGGGUCCGCGCCCCGCGGCGGCCGAGGGCAAGAGCACGGGCAGCAUUCUGGACGACAUCGGCAGCAUGUUCGACGACCUGGCCGACCAGCUGGACGCCAUGCUGGAGUGA